GAAGAAAAAUUAAUACGUACCAGUGCCGUGCGGGAAGAAAAGUGUCUUUUGCAACAGGAUGCGAACUUCCUGAAAUUUUCUGAAAUUUAAGAAGAAGAUUAACUGUGGAUCAUAACGAUGGAUUGGAGAAACGGGAGCCUGUACUUCCUGUGGCUGGUGCUGGGACUGGCGUCGAUUAACGGAUAUGCGGAGAAAAAAGUUGUUUGUUAUUAUACCAACUGGUCGAUAUACAGGCCAGGCACGGCCAAGUUUUCACCUGAAAAUAUAAAUCCCUAUCUUUGUACGCAUCUUAUUUACGCUUUUGGAGGGUUUACGAAAGACAAUACGCUCAAACCGUUCGAUAAGUAUCAAGACAUUGAAAAAGGUGGAUACGCCAAGUUUAAUGGUCUGAAAACCUACAAUAAGAAACUAAAAACGAUGCUGGCGAUAGGAGGGUGGAAUGAAGGUUCUACGCGAUUUUCUCCGAUGGUAGCAGACCCAGAAAGACGUCGCGCGUUGGUUAAAAACGCAGUUAAAUUUUUGCGUCAGAACCACUUUGAUGGACUGGACCUCGAUUGGGAGUACCCGGCUUUCCGAGAUGGCGGGAAGCCGAGGGAUAAAAAUAAUUACGCGGAUCUCGUCCAGGAACUGAGGCAAGAAUUCGAGAGGGAAUCAUCGAAGACUGGACGACCGAGAUUGCUUCUUUCUAUGGCAAUACCCGCGGGUAUUGAGUAUCUGGAGAAAGGAUACGAUUUGGCAAGACUCAAUGAGUACCUAGAUUUCUUCAAUCUCCUAUCCUACGACUACCACUCGGCAUUUGAACCUGCCGUUAAUCAUCAUUCCCCGCUCUACGGGCUCGAGGAGGACAACGAGUAUAAUUAUGACAACGAACUCACUGUCGAUUUUACAAUGUCUUAUUUACUUAAACAUCACGUUUCUCCGGACAAAUUAAUCUUGGGAAUCCCAACUUACGGACGCUCGUACACUCUAUACAAUCAAGACGCCACUGCGAUUGGCUCUCCGGCUGAUGGUCCGGGAGAAGAAGGAGACGCUACUAGAGAAAAAGGAUACCUUGCUUAUUAUGAGAUCUGCGCAAAUGUUAAGUCAAGUCAGUGGGAAGUCGUCCAGCCGAAUCCAAAAGCCAUGGGCCCGUAUGCUUUCAAAGGCAAUCAAUGGGUCGGUUAUGAUGAUGAAGAUAUUGUCAAAAUGAAGUCUCUGUAUGUUGUUGAGAAGAACUUGGGCGGUAUCAUGUUUUGGGCGAUUGACAAUGAUGAUUUCCGUGGUAAUUGUCAUGGUCGUCCGUACCCACUUAUUGAGGCGGCCAAGGAAGCCUUGUUAGGUGCAAUUGAAAACGAACAAACGACACAGAAACCGAAAUCAGGACUGAGGAAAAAAACCAGACCUCAACUCAGUAGCCAAAGGUCAAACGACUCUAAUAACAGACGAGCGAGACCAGAAAAACAAAGACCUACUACAACUCAGUCUCCAAGAAAACGAGUUUCCCAGAGAACCGAGUCUAACGCUCGAAACCGGGGAAGUUCAGAAGAAAACGAGGACCGGAAAGUUGAAGACGAAGGCAACGCUGUUAGAGAAACCAGUGGUCAAUGGAAAUCGAACCAGAGAAACCGAUCUAGCAAAGGAACAAAUCGUAGAAAGGUUCAGACGACCGAGAGGUAUGAAGAACCAAUUGAAGAAGAAGCUAGAGAGUCGACGAGUGGCAGAUUGACGACACCGGAACCUCCUACUACUCCUGAUCCUGGAAGUGAUUUCAAAUGCGAAGAUGAAGGAUUUUUCUCUCACCCGCGAGACUGUAAAAAAUAUUUCUGGUGCCUCGACAGCGGCCCGGGAGGUCUCGGUAUCGUUGCUCAUCAAUUCACAUGUCCGUCGGGAUUAGUAUUCAACAAAGCCGCAGACUCGUGCGACUAUCCCAGGAAUGUUGUCUGUCCAAAAGCGAAAACCAAAGCCGCGACAACGACUCCCAAAGCUCCGGUGACUACUACGAGUCGGCCGACCACCACGACGAGACGCACCACAACAACAGAAGAGACGAACUCUGCCGAAGAGUACGAGUAUGAAGAAGACGAAAAUGCGACUGACGAAGAAAUUAUUGAAGAAAUAAAAAGUACGACCUCGAGACCGCUGAUUUACAAAACGAUAUCGAGGAAUAAGCCAACGACUAUGACUACAGAGGCUACUGAAGCUCCAACGACGAAUCCCCCGAGAAUUUUCAAGCCGAAUUCCGCGAAAGUCUUCGACCUAGAAGACGAAGAGGACCCGAGAGUCAUCAAGGAGCUUAUUGAGCUGAUCAAAAAAGCUGGAGGCUUGGAACAGCUGGAACGCCAGCUGAAUAUCCAGGAGAAGAGUCCAAUGAGAAAGUCCGACACUGGAGACGACGGACCAGUCGUCACUCCGGCGACAAUCAGCCGCAGUUUGUACGAAAGAGUCCUCAGUCGGCAGGCAAACAAAGUCAACCAUUUAUUCGGGCCGACCACUCAGAGAACUACCACCGAAGAGUCCAAAAAGACCAAGAGCGAAACCCAGAAUGGACCUGGUGGAGCGCAGUUCGAAGGUCUAGAUGACGUACCGGAAGUUAAAAGUCUCAGGCGCACUAAAAAACCACAGUAUGUUACUAUAGAAAGACAAAGACCUUCCACCACUCCGGUAUUUGAAGAUGAGUUCGACGAAGAAGAACUGGCGGAUGAAAGCUCUGAGGAAGACAAUGCGGAUGUUGCGUCCUCUGAAGAGCAAACGGUUAGCGACCUUCCGGAAAGUAGAAAAGACUCGGCUAAGAAAGUGACGCCUAAUUACGUAAACAUUCUUCGCAGUCGUCCGACUACUUCUGCGUAUGAAAAUGAUUUAGAUGUUAGAGACGAGGCUAAGGAAAAAGAAGCGAAAUUUUCACAAGAAAAUUCAGACAAAACUGAAAAUGAAAGCUUCUCUCGCCAGAGACCAGUAAUUUCAUCGUCAAAUGACGACGUAGAAAAAGAGACAGUGGUCCCAAAAAAUAGGUAUACUAACACUCAACGAUUCAGAAGUACCACUUUAAGAACAGAUGAAUCAACAGCUUUCACCGAGAGCAUUAAACCCAGUGAAAAAACUACAACGGAGAUUGUAAACCCGACAACUCCGGCAAUUAAUCAAGAAAGAAAAGAACUAAUUUCAGAAACAUUAGCCUUUUCCACGUUACCUGUCUCUACAAUUGAGUUUUCAUCGACACCAGUUGCUGAGACGAGCAAACAACCAUCAACAGCUACAGAAGUAAUAUCAGGAUCUAAAGCGACAAUCAGCACCACGCAUUUGCCUCUUGCAGAAUCAACAAUUGAAGAGGUGGAAAAUUUGGUCACUGAAAUUCCAAUGACAACCCAGCCGACAACCAGAGCCACUCAAGCAUCCCGCACGACGGCUGUGUCACAACCGCGACCCUUCGGCUUUCCAAGACGUGGACGACCGACGACUACUACAGCAUCACCUACGGUCGCUUCAACGACAGAUCAAUCUCGAGUUAAGGUGAGUACUAGACCGACGAGAAACUUUGCGAGAACAAGAACAAGGUCGAAACCAAGCGAGUUGACCAUCGAAAAUCAAAAUCAUCUUGACGCCGAAGUUUCUGAUGAUAAUUUGAGCGAAAAUGUCAAGCCCAAACCGGUGAGCAGCAGUAGAUCGAGAUUCGUAAUACGGCGAGGAGGCUCCCGGUUCUCUACCCAGCCGUCAAAUGUCUCCGAGAGUUUUAACGAUUUUUCGGGGCGAAGACGAACCAGGCCCACUACGACUACGACUACAACUACGACUCCAGCAGCUUCUGAAUCAACGCCCGCUGAGAGCAGACCAACUAGUCAGCGCAGACGAGGAAGACCUACUACUACUACUACUACUCCCAUUCCUGAUUCUACUACUCAGAGCAAUAAUAACCGAAGACGACGACCGACUACUCCAGUGACAGACAGUCCAAUCUUUAGAAUAGUGCCCCAAAGUGUCCAAGAGCCGGUUUUAAAUUACUCCAGGUUGGGAUCAAACACCAAUGAAGACUCUGAAAAAAUAACAAAUCUUAAAAUCUUGAAACUUGCCGAGUAUCAAAACGACUCUUUGAAUGCCAUUGAAUUUACUACGCCUGAAAAUGAAACUUCAAAACAGGAUCUUGACUCAGCAACCGAAUCGACGACAUUAAUAACUUCUCCCGACCCUUUCACUAAGUACACGACCGCAGACUAUUCAACUCUGACAACGGUAGAUGCCGAGGAAAGUGAAGGUGAACAGAAACAGACAAAGAAAAAGGUGCUGCUGAGAAAGCGACCGGUUUCGGACGAUAACUCCUCUGAAGAUACUCUCAAGCGACGGCGCAAAAUAAUAAGGCGCUUAGGACCUGUUUCUCAGGAAGAAAAUCUGACAACCACUUCUGGGAGCUAUGUUGAAAACAACGAAGUUAUUACAACUACAGAGUCUUUUAAUACUUUGAAUGAUCAAGAGAAUUCAACGGUUGAAGCUACUACAGUCGCUAUGGACACACAGUACACUACAACAGAUAUGGAAACCACGACUGUUAUUUCUUCUGAAGAAAACACGACAUUGAUCAGCAAUGACAUUGAUGCGGAAACAACUACCGUAAAUUCUAUGACAACCGAUGAUUCUUCGGAAAUAGUAACUACGACGGUAGUUACUACAACAGUCGCGCCUUCUACGACUGAAAAAGUAAAUACUAGAUUUGUAAGAAGAAAAUUUGUUCGCAAGCGACCUGUAGGUUAUUCCGCAUCAUCUACUACGCCAACUAGACGAUUUGGUUUUCCUAAAAGUACAACAGAAGUGCCUACUUCCAGCUUCGCUCCCUCGAAACGUCGGAAGAAUUUGUUUGUUCGCAGACGACCCCUUCCCUCAACGACGUCCUCUAGUAGUGAGUCGUUUGAAAACGACGAAGAUAACGAAUUCAACACUGUGACAGUAGACGUUAAGACUUCUUCGAUCAGUCCGGCUCAAGAUCUUCCGACUCUCAAGAAUUUAAUCAAUCAUGAAUUACUAAGUCAAAGCGUUGAUCAUGUUUAUGAUGAUUUUGAUGAAGAAAUAGUUAACUCUGGUAGUUAUGAGACAGAUAGUGAUCAUUUUCAGGGCAUUCCAGUUUCUGUCAGAAUACUCAGUGACGAAAAUAGUCAAGAACUUGCUGAUCAACUAGCUGUCCUUCAUCUCCCGCAGAGUAUUUUGAAUUCUUUGGUUUCUCACAGUAAUAUCCUGAGAAUUCAAGUGGUCAAUCAGCCGCAAGAAGACGAUAAUAAUGAUAUUAACAAGGACAAUCUUACAACUACAACUAGUUUUACAGAUUCAACUUUGACCACUGAAACGCCAACUACAAUCCAAGAAAAUCCUUCGAGUGUACGAGGGUUCUUCAUCACCAAAAGUCUCAAUACAUCUCAAUCAACCACGCCAACGCCAACAAGUGACUCUUCAGAGCCAUCAACUAUCCAACCAAGCACUCAGUCGACUGAUUUACCAGAAUCGACAACUGAUUCUUCAAACUUAUCAACUCAAUCUACCGUUUCUUUCGCACUUUCUCUGUCUACUUCAUCCACUAGUGAUUCUAGUGAAACAACUUCAGAAAUAGAAGUUAAUUCGUCGACAAUUAGUCCUGUAGAUGCAACUAGGGAAAUAGUUAGUAAAACAGUAACAAUUAACGAAGUAACAACUCUACCUCCGACCACUGAGCACACGACGGUUUCUUCUGAAACUGAAAGAGCUCUAAAAUCAAUAAAACAGAUAACAGUUCUUCGCCGUCGACUAGAUGAAUCAAUAGCCGAUCCCUCUAGGCAAGAUCGUCAGUUUGAUUCUCAGGAAAGUAAAAUCACAGCGCCGGACGCGUCGCAGAACAACUGGAGGAAAAGGGUGAUCCGAAAACGGCCUAGGUCUUUGCUGGUUGAGGACCAGAGUCUAUCGGAAAGCCAAUUUCAAGACACUGUGGUCACGGGCAAGUCGGUGGUCCCUCCGACAAAUACUGAUGAUAAGCUCAAUAAGACUGGGAAAUUACUCACCGUUGGAGAGGUCAAUCCGGUGCGCACUUCAACUAACUUUUUAAGGAAGCCUGGAACGCGACUAGAAGUUCAAAACCGGCUUAAAAAUUCCAGAAAUAAAACUCAAGAUGGAACAAACUCGGAAAGAAGAUAUUCCAGUAAAGUAAAGUCAGAUUACGACCAAAGCGGUCGUGCGCAAGAGCUUGAAGUAUUGGUAGCAGACCCACCGACAGAAACUUCUUCACCUCGACUAGGUAAUGAAAAAAUAGCUUCGAGGUUGAGAGAUGUGAGAGAUAGCGUCGACGAAGACGCUACUGAGCCGUCAAUAUUCACCACGGCCAGAACUACUACGCCAACUAGGCGGAGACAGAAACCCAAGAGUGAAAGACCGGUAAAGACAACGACACAGCGGCCUAGACACCCGGCGAUCAUUGACUACGACUACUACGUCGACGAGGAAGUCCGUCUGUCACUAGGUCCCGAGCUCCGGGACAAAAUUUACGUGACAGACCGCGGGACUAUUGGUUGUCUGGACCAAGGAACCUUCGCUCAUCCUACAUCGUGCAAAAAAUUCAUCACCUGUGCCAAGAUGGUUGGUGGCCAGGUCAGCGCUACGGAGUACACCUGCCCGAAGAAACUGUCUUUUGAUCCGGUCGGUGGCAUUUGCAACUGGUCCGCUGGUCUUGGUUGCAACGAAUCUACAUAAUUUUUUUUUCAUUAAUUACUUAUGGUAAUUAUUUUUAUAAUAAAGUAAUUACUUACGAUAUAGAUAAAAGAUUGUUAAAGGCAUUACUUGCUGAUCGCUGAUUAUAAAAAUAACUAUUUUUGAUAUAGUUUAUGAUUUUAAAUUUAACGCAAUAUGAUCAUUGAAACUGUAGCCAUAUGUAUAUUACUUUUUAAGCACAGUGUCGUGAUAUUAUCGUUUAAAUGUAUGUGUAUCAGAUAUAUUCAUCGUUG